AUGUUUUUUUGUCAAAAUUUAGAACAUGAAGGAAGUUCAAUUGUCGGUUUUUGCCUUUUUGCUGAUUGUCAGGAGCCUAAAUCUCAAUUUUGUGUGAAUUGUCUAAUCAAUCCUUAAAAACAUUUAAAUUGUAGAAUUGACUGCAAACCAUUUGAUAAAAUCGAUAUAAUCCUAGAUUUAAUUAUAUAUAAGCUAGAUUAAUUUUAAGAAUAAGCUGAUUAGAACUUUGAAUAGUUUAAAUGUGAGUAUUAAAAAACUAUCAAAAAUAUUUAAAAAGAACAGCAUAGUUUAAGGAGAUAGCCAAAAACUUUAAAGAAUAAAAAUUUAAGGAAUUACUUGAUAAUAUUGACAGAGUAAAGAAUUGGAAUACAAAAAUAAAAUAGACUUAAUUUGAGAAAGAAAUUAUCGAUCUCUGUAUUCAUAAUAUUUUACAAUUAGGGUUGA